CCUCCCCUGUCUUCUUCUUCUUCUUCUUCUUCUUCCCAAACACAGCAACUGCAAGCCACCGCGCGCCGCCGCCUGAGGCCGCAUGCUUCCAUCUCCAAUGCCCUCCUCCACGUCCACUACCACUUCUACAUGGACGCCUUCCUCCGCCUCCUCCUCGUCGUCGCGGCGCUCCUCCUGCGGCCACCCGCCGCCGCCGACGCUGCCAUCAGCCCGGCCGACCUGGCCGUGCUCCAGGACCUGCGCCGCUCGCUGACCAACGGCGAUGCCCUCGGAUGGGACCCCGCCGCCGCCGACGCCUGCGCCUGGCCGCACAUCUCCUGCGACCGCGCCGGCCGCGUCAACAACAUCGACCUCAAGAACGCCGGCCUCUCCGGCGCGCUGCCGCCCACCUUCCGCUCGCUCGACGCGCUCCAGGACCUCAGCCUCCAGAACAACAACCUCUCCGGCCCGCUCCCGUCCUUCCGCGGCAUGGCCUCCCUCCGCAACGCCUUCCUCAACAACAACUCCUUCGACUCCAUCCCCGCCGACUUCUUCGACGGCCUCACCGCCCUCCUCGUCAUCUCCCUCGACCAGAACCCGCUCAACCUCUCCUCCGGCGGCUGGACGCUCCCCGCCGACGUCGCCAACGCGCAGCAGCUGCAGACCCUCAGCCUCAACAGCUGCAACCUCACCGGCGCCAUACCGGACUUCCUCGGCACCAUGAACAGCCUCCAGGACCUCAAGCUCGCCUACAACGCGCUCUCCGGCCCGAUCCCGCCCACCUUCAACGGCUCGGGCUUGCAGACGCUCUGGCUCAACAACCAGCACGGCGUCUCCAAGCUCUCCGGCACGCUCGACAUCAUCGCGACCAUGCCCAACCUCCAGCAGGCCUGGCUGCACGGCAACGAGUUCUCCGGCCCCAUUCCGGACUCCAUCGGCAACUGCAAGCGCCUGAACGACCUCUGCCUCAACGGCAACCAGCUCGUCGGCCUCGUGCCACCCGCCCUGGAGAACAUGGCCGGACUCAAGUCGCUGCAGCUCGACAACAACGAUUUCCUGGGACCCGUCCCAGCGGUCAAGGCCGGCAACUACACCUACUCAGAGAACGGGUUCUGCGCCGACAAGCCUGGGGUUCCCUGCUCGCCUGAGGUGAUGGCAUUGCUUCAAUUCCUCGCUGAGGUCGAUUACCCCAAGAGGCUGCUAGGCACUUGGUCCGGGAACAACCCCUGCACGGGGUGGCUCGGCGUUACCUGUGUUGCAGGGAAGGUGACGGUGCUCAACUUGCCGGAGUAUGGACUCAAUGGCACAAUCAGCGACAGUCUGGGGAAUCUGAGCACACUCUCAGACAUCAACCUCGUCGGAAAUCACCUUACCGGGCAUGUGCCGGAUAGCCUGGCAAACCUCAAGUCGCUGCAGAAGCUGGACCUGUCCAUGAAUGACUUGACGGGGCCGCUGCCCACCUUCAGCUCGAGUGUGAGGGUGAAUGUGACCGGCAAUCUCAACUUCAACGGGACGGCACCAGGAGAGCCACCCAAGGAUGCAUCUGGGUCUCCGUCGUCCAGCACACCAAACUUGCCUGGCCGUGGUGCCCUUCCAGAAAAUAAGAAGAAAGGAUCAGCUGUUCUGUUGGCCACAACCAUCCCGGUUGCAGUCAGUGUGGUGGCUCUGGUUUCAGUGUGUGGCGUGCUCAUCUUCCGCAAGAAAAGGGGAUCGAUUCCGCCAAAUGCAGCUUCCGUCGUUGUCCAUCCCCGUGAGAGUUCUGAUCCAGACAACUUGGUCAAGAUUGUCAUGGUGGAUAACCACGAUGGCAACGGUACUUCGUCCCAGGGCAAUACACUUAGUGGGAGCAGCAGUCGGGCUAGUGAUGUUCACAUGAUCGAUACAGGCAAUUUUGUGAUUGCUGUGCAGGUCCUUCGUGGCGCAACCAAGAACUUUACCCAGGACAAUGUGCUUGGCCGUGGGGGCUUUGGUGUUGUAUACAAGGGGGAGCUGCAUGACGGCACGAUGAUUGCUGUGAAGAGGAUGGAGGCUGCAGUGAUCAGCAAUAAAGCCUUGGAUGAGUUCCAAGCGGAGAUUGCCAUUCUAACCAAGGUCCGACACCGCAACUUGGUGUCAAUACUGGGUUACUCAAUUGAAGGGAAUGAGAGGCUUCUGGUCUAUGAGUAUAUGUCCAAUGGGGCUUUGAGCAAGCAUCUGUUCCAGUGGAAACAGUUUGAACUAGAGCCCCUCUCAUGGAAGAAGAGGCUCAAUAUUGCGCUGGAUGUUGCUCGUGGGAUGGAAUAUCUGCACAACCUGGCACAUCAGUGCUACAUCCAUAGGGAUCUCAAGUCGGCAAACAUUCUCCUUGGUGAUGAUUUCCGAGCAAAGGUAUCGGAUUUUGGGCUGGUUAAACAUGCCCCGGAUGGAAACUUCUCUGUGGCAACCAGACUAGCUGGAACUUUUGGCUACUUGGCUCCUGAAUAUGCUGUGACUGGGAAAAUCACAACAAAAGCAGAUGUCUUCAGCUUUGGGGUAGUGCUGAUGGAGCUGAUAACUGGAAUGACUGCCAUUGAUGAGAGCCGUCUGGAUGAGGAUACCCGUUAUCUGGCCUCAUGGUUCUGUCAGAUUAGGAAGGAUGAAGAGAGGCUCAGAUCAGCAAUUGAUCCUACUCUGGAUCUCACUGAUGAGACUUUUGAGAGCAUCUCCGUGAUCGCAGAGCUUGCUGGCCACUGCACAUCCCGGGAACCCACCCAGCGACCGGACAUGGGGCAUGCCGUGAACGUGCUCGUCCCGAUGGUAGAGAAAUGGAAGCCUGUGAACGACGAGACUGAGGACUACAUGGGCAUUGAUCUGCACCAGCCGCUACUCCAGAUGGUGAAGGGCUGGCAGGACGCAGAGGCCAGUAUGACAGAUGGAAGCAUCCUGAGCCUUGAAGACAGCAAGGGCAGCAUCCCAGCUCGGCCUGCCGGGUUUGCAGAAUCGUUCACCUCAGCUGAUGGCCGGUGAAGCAUAAUACAUCUACAACACAAAUAAUUACUAUUCGUGCUCCACUGAUUCAGGGCGGCUGGAAACGCCAAAUAGAGUCUGUACAAAUGAUGCGAAACUAGUGAUGGUUGGUUGUGGCACCUAAACCCUGUUUCCUCUAGAUUUUUGGCCUGACAGUGACUUGCAAAGACAGCAUCAUCUCAGGAUAAUGGGUGUCAUUCUUGAGGACUCACCGGCGCUAUCAAUCGAUUUUGUUGUUUAAUGAUGCGUCGCUAUGGCCAGCUAGCAUGCAUUAACUUUGUGGCCGACGGAGUAGAUAGAUGGAGAAAGAGACGACGUCGGUGUUCGAGUGAGCUCACUGACAAUCUGCAAUCCUGCAUACAUACAUACAAAUUCUUUUCUUCA